AGCAAGGGGGAGGAACAGUAGUGGGAAUAUAAGAAGUGAUCUCCAGGUAGUAAAGUAAAAUUUCAUUUCCAGAGUGGCAAACAGAAAUUGGAGGAGGUGCAGAGGUGUCAUCUGUUUACAAGACGGUGUACGGACUGGAAUUGGCUUUCAUCAAACCAAUUGCAUCCAAUUUGCAGUCCUGCGUUAUUACUUGAAAACAAAAUGGGAUUGGAUGCAGAAACAGAAAGAAUAUGGAAAAAAUUUCAAGUGGAGGUUCCUCGGUGGAUGAAGCAAUCAACAGAAUACAUUGUGGAACUGCGCUCAAUUGCUGAUGCAAUUGUCGAUCAUCAUACAGAUGUCAUCAUCGCAAAAAAUGAAGGCACUAAAACACAAACCGUGGGGGGAAUCAUAGGUAUCACAGGACUAGUUGCUGCUCCUUUCACAUUCGGAAUCUCGCUAUUGCUCUCUGGGGCGGGGAUGGCGGUGGGCAUGGCCGGUAGGACCUCUAAUAACAAGUCCAAUUCUGCUAAUGAUGCAUACCAAAAAAAAAAACAGGAAAAAGUGAAUGAAAUUGUGGAACAAUACCUAAAAAUGACCGAACACCUGACAGGUAUAUUAACUCAGCUCAACCAAUCCUUGAUUGAAAUUGAAAGGAAGAGGAAACCAGCUGCAGACUUUGUUAGUAUCACCCAGGGUCUGGUGAACAGGACUCAGGAUGCAUUGAGAACAAUCAGAACUGUGGCAGUAAUUCAGGCAGAGCUCAGGUUAGCAUGGGAUAUCUUUCCCAUAAUGAAAGACGUGGAAGUACUUGGAAGAAAGAUAACUGAAAUAUCAACAAUGAUCGGACAGAUAGCUACAAUCAUGGAGGAGGAAAGGGGCAAUUUUGAGAAAACACUUUCAGAUAUCGAGGGGUGCGAUGAGUUGUAG